UAAACGGCUGUUCGACAUCUGCGUCUUCCUUCAUAACAUUGGCGACGAGGAUGGGAUAAGGCGACACAGGAGCUAUGGCCACCACCUUAGGAAAGCUGCCGGAAUUCUGCCCGGACACCGCCAACAUCGACGUCUACCUAGAAAGGUUCGAGCUGUUUGCCAAAGCAAACGAAAUAGACGCCGGGAAGAAGCUCGAAGUCUUCUUGACCGUCCUAGGAGAGAAGGCCUAUGUGACACGGCGUAGCUUAUUGCUGCCGAAAACGCCUACCGAGGUUAAGUACGAAGAUGCCACGAAAGUGCUGAAACAGCACUAUGCUCCAAAACGGUCUGUGGUCACCGAGCGAUACUUCUACCGACGUAACCAGGAGUCAAGUGAAACUAUCGCACAGUUUCUCGUGGAAUUGAAGAGGCUCGCCGCGACAUGCUCUUUCGGAACUUUCCUACAAGAAGCUCUACGGGAGCGCCUAAUUGCUGGAUUAUGGAGCGACACCAUCCGAUGCCGUCUUCUCGCGUUGCCCGACGACGAGGUCACAUGGGACCGGGUCUGCAAGGUAUUCACCGCCAUGGAAGCUGCACAGGAUACCCAAGACAUGCUCGUCGACAACGCUGGUGCCAGCAAUGCGGACGUGCACUGGCAAGUGCCCCCGGUUAAGCCCCACAAGCAGCAACCGACAAGGCACCGGCCAUCUAGCUACGAGCUUACCCCAACAAGCAAGUUGGAGUUUGAUGAGCACACCGAAGAACUUCUAACGGUUAACAUGCACAUGGCCCUCUUUAGGUACCGGCGGUUGCCGUGCGGCGUUGCGAGUGCACCAGCCAUGUUUCAGGCAGUGAUGGCCCAGGUUUUACAAGGCAUACCUGGCACCGCCUGUUACUUGGACGACGUGCUGAUUGCUGGCAAAAACCUUGCCGAGUGCUACAGCCGAACGGAGGAAGUGCUAAAGGCACUGAGCGCCGCUGCUGCCACGAACGCGUAA